AUGGACAACAACGUUGCGUCUAGCCACAGAGAGAGGGGGGAACGACCUGCGGCCUUUCCAGAGGCCAGCAACACCGGGGCCGAAGCCUCUCUAUCUCCACCACUUCUUGAUACGCGUGUCGACAAGAACCAUAUGACCCACGAGAGCCAGCAAAGUAAUAUCACGCCUUCCAAGUCAACGUCCACGAUCGCCGCCCUAGUUCAUCUGAAACUGCGCGAUCCCAUCUUCGUCAGCUCGUCGACCCGUCAACUCCCAGAUCCUCAAGUGGCACAAAGAUCUAGAGGCAUUCCAGAUCCAAAUCCUACAUCCCAAGACUUCCGGCUCAUGCGGAGCGCCCAUGCUGCAGCUCUCCCUCCUUCCCUCCGGCCUUGA